CACAAGAUAUAGAUAACAAUAAUUGUUGGCCUGUGAAAGCGAAAGUUAAUUGGUAGCACAUAGUAUAGGAGAUAUUUUAUGACUUUUCUACACCAGCCACCAAUUAAGACCUUAAUCAAAUCCAAAAUGAAUCAGUCUCUUCAAAUACAUCCUUAUCUAUUUGUUUGUGUAUGAUUUAACCAACUGAAUUUCAUAAUCAGCUGACACAAAGAAGAAAGAGAAGAGAAUAAUACGAAGAGCCAGGGUUUUGCCUCAGAAAGGGUUCACCCAUUUGCAAAGUGCCUCGAGAGUUGAGAUCACAUCGGAACAAAACUUGGAGAAUUAUUACAAUUUACAAGGUGACAAAAGUGCAUGGCAUAGAUUUUUUUUUAUCUGUAUAAAUCAAGGUACCAGAGAAUUUAUAACAACUCAGACACUUUUCUCAAUUGAGACCUCUUGGUAAAUGGUAUGUCAUAGAUAAAGCUACAUGCGUGCUCAACAAAGUUCUUAUUCUCAAUCUCCCUUAAUUAUGUUGGAACCUUUCGCUACUUGCUUCACCUUUCUUCAUAGGAAGACCAAAUUCUUCCUCAACAAACCAAGAAUCAAGGAGAUGAUGGGUGCAUGCUGCAAGAGAAGACAAUCCAACAUAAAAUUAUUCUCUUCAAGUUCUGACCUGUCAACCUCUUCUUUCCUUCACAUGAAGCUCUCCACUCAGUUUCAUCAAGUUUUCAAGCUUAUUGACACUAAUGGGGAUGGGAAGAUCUCAAUCAAUGAGCUCAGUGAAUUGCUCUCAAGCCUUGGAUACAACAAGUGCACUGCUGUCAAGGAAGCUGAAGGCAUGGUGAAAGUGUUGGACUUCAAUAGAGAUGGGUUUGUGGACUUGGAUGAGUUCAUGAUUGUCAUGAAUGGCAUGGAAGAAGAAAAAGAAGAGAAAUUUGGAAGUGGCAUGGAGCAUGAUGGUGGUUACCUCAUGGAUGCUUUUCUUAUCUUUGACACUGACAAGAAUGGCCUGAUUUCAGCCAAGGAACUGCAGAGAGUUCUGAUCAAUCUAGGGUGUGAUAAUUGUAGUCUUAGAGAGUGCAAGCGUAUGAUAAAAGGGGUUGAUAAGAAUGGAGAUGGGUUUGUGGAUUUUGAAGAAUUUCGAUCCAUGAUGCAAAGUGGAUUUGCUAAUUAGAGCUUGAAAUGGGUUUUUGCUGUAUUUCAAUAUUAUUAAUUUCUUUUGUUUUUUCUUUCUUUUUUCUGUACACAAACAAUAUCUUAAGAUAGCACAGUGUGAUAUUUGACGGAUAAUGAUGGUAUUUAAGUAUGUGAUAAUUGUGAUUAAAGGUUUGAUUAUCAA